GUCCGUGCAUGAAUGUGUCUGUACGAGCGAUUGUGUUUGGAGUAGGUGUUCUAGUUUUUGUUUUGUUUUUUUUACUUUCAGUCAUAGCUUUUCAAAAUCACUACAAACAAACAUAGGAGGUGUUUGAGCUUUAUUUUACUGAUACGUUAACAGAAGUAGUGACUAAAAGGUUGAAUGAAGUUUUUCUAUUCUGUCUGGUCGUCAGUUGCUCAUGCAUCAAGGAAGCGCAUGUCCUAAAAGGAUUUUUGUCCUUUUCUUUAAAGUAGCACAUUCUUACCGGUGCAGGUGCAAUUCUUGCAUAACAAAAGCAAGACAUUUAAAUUUUUACUUGAUCUGCAGACCCAGAAGGGAAUGGAGAACAGUAUUCAUACUCUCUGACACAGUUGAUAACAUUUAGUGCAACUUUAGACGCCAUCAGUGAGCCGGUAAGUGUUAGAAGAUGGUUGCAUGAGAUAAGGGGACAUUUUUUUCUAUUUAUGUGGUAACACAACUUCAUGUGGUCUACUUCUACUUCUGUUAAAGAACAGAAGUAGAGGGAGGGUUGGACUGUGAACCUAAACGAAGAUAUGCACUGUCUCAGUUCCCCAUCUUGUAUUCUCGUGAGCUCGGCUCGUCCUUCUCCACUCAUGCUCAUACAGAAAAAGUCAGAUCUUGUAGGCUAGGAUGGGGAAAACCUCACUCUCUUGGGUCUCGACUUUACUUUUGCUGAAUACAGUCUUCAAUUUUGGACAUGCACAAGGUGACGUAACAUCUUUUUUCUCUGUUAUUGUGGAUCUUCACACUAAUGGUACUCUCAGACCUUUUUCAAUUGAAUAUGUGUUGGAAUAGCACAAGAAGCCUUGAAUUCAUUGUUUACAUCUUAUGUUUUUUGUUCUUUAAUCUAGAUGUUAAUUUGACCCUUGAACCCAGUUCAUCCCCUUUAUUUCAUGGAGAGUCCGUUACCUUCACAUGCAACAUGACAGGAGGAUACGACUCUAACUGGCUCUACAAAUUCCACCGAAACGGUCAACACAUUGUCGCCAAGGCCGAUGUUUCAAACUCCCUUCAACUCCACCUAGCGACCGACCUGAGCGGGCGUUACCAGUGCUCUGCUUAUCGUAAGGACUCACCAGGGAUCAACAAGCAGAGUAACAACAUCACACUUUCUGUGGCAGCCAACAGGCCUACAGCUACUCUGACUGCAGACAAGAAAACCAUUUCAGAGGGCAGACAAACUGAACUUACCUGCUCAGUUAAAGACUCUGCUGGAUGGAAGUAUGACUGGUUCAUGCACAGCUUCUCUGAAGCCCAGAUUGAGAACAACGCUGUCAAAAACACCAUCAACAUCCACAGUGGAGGCAUCUACUGGUGCAGAGGAAGAAGAGGAAGCCCAGCUUUCUUCACUGAGCCCAGUGAAAAGUUUGUCAUUGAGAAAAGCCUGUCCAACCAGGCAACUGUUGCUUUGCAACAUAGCUGGAGCCAGAUAUACAGUGGUGAGGCAAUAUCCAUGAGGUGUGAGAUUAAGGGAGGAGGAAGCUCUAUGCGGGAAUACGAGUGGAGAACAACAACCUCAAAGCCACCAUCAAGAGAGCGUACGGUUCAUAUUAGAGCCUCUGCUUCCGCCACUGGUAACUUCUGGUGUAGGGGGAGAGCAGAUCCAUUUUCCUCAACCGAGUGGAGCCAAGAAUACCAUCUGAGAGUGUCAGAUAAACCAAGGCCCGUGGUGAGGGCCAAUAAAAGACUCAUACCAGUAGGGGGCAACGUAACACUCACCUGCUCUGUGGACUAUCCGACUGAGUGGAAAUACUACUGGUUCAGACACACUGGCAACUUUCCUGACAUUAAGACCAUUGAAGAAGGAAAAUCAGAAAAUGUCAUCAGUGUCUCUCAGGGAGGAGUGUACUACUGUCAGGGAGGAAGAGGAAACCCAGUCUUCUUCACUGAAGAAAGUCAUCGGAUCACCAUUGAGAAAAGAGUUUCCAAUAUGGCUGCUGUUUCUCUGGAGCCUGACUUGCCCGUGAUCUACUCUGGAGAGACGAUCACCGUUAGAUGUGAGAUUUCUGGAAGUCAAAGCAAUGAAUGGGUUUAUGAAUGGAGCAAGCCAAUAUCGGAUACCUUACCAAUGAAUGAGUACCGAAUUGUUACUGCAUCCGAGUCCAGCAGUGGGAACUACAGGUGUUUGGGGCGACGCAAGCAGGAUCUGUAUUCAUCGACAGAGUGGAGCAACGUCAGGACAGUCACAGUUUCUGAGCAAAGACCAAAGGCUGAAAUUAUUGCUGACAGAAACUUUUCAACAGGGGGCACUGUGACGCUGACCUGUUGUGUUCCACCGUCAUCGUCACCAUCUAGUUGGACUUACCACUGGUACAGAGAUGAGAUCGCCUCUAAACCUCUGGAGCUGAAAUCUGCUGCAAAUGGAGAACUCGUUGCGUCACAGAAUGGAUUGUAUUUCUGCAGAGGAGGAAGAGGAAGCCCAGUUUACUACACAGAGUCCAGUCAUUCAGUUACUGUUGGCAUACCUGCUACAGACAGAAUGAGACCUGUUGUGACUCAGCAGCCAAACUGGCCUACGGUGUACUACGGUGAGAAGGUCACUCUGAGAUGUGAGAUCCAGGGACAACCUCAAGAUUGGGUUUUUGAAUGGAUAUCACCCUGUGGGGCUGUACCAUCGACCCAAAAUGAAACGCUUUGUUUAGGUUAUUCAUGUAAUGGGCACUACUGGUGUAGAGGCAGGAGGAAGAGUGAUCCACAGGAUGUCACUUGGUGGAGUGCUCCCUUAGAAAGCACACACGUUUCAUCACCAGAGUCAGUCCUGACUGUGUCUCCAUCAUGGCUGAGUCCUGGAGCCUCAGUGACUCUGAGCUGUGAGGUUAAAGAUUCAUCUGCAGGAUGGAGGUUCUACUGGUAUAAAGCUGUUCCUGAUUUAUUACAUGUAUUCAUGAUGUAUUACCGCAGACGUAGGAGCCUUUACUCUUCUAUUGGAUACAACUUUGAACACCUUCCUGGCACCAUCAAAGGGACUGUAGAGAACUCUUACAUCAUUCAUGGACAGAAACACACAGCAGGAUAUUUUUGUAGAGCUGGAAGAGGAAACCCAGAGUAUUUCACUGAAUACAGUGAAAUACAGUUUGUCUGGUCUGCAGAUUCUCAUCCAGCAGCUUCUCUCUCAGUGAGUCCUGACAGAGAGCAACACUUCAUCUCUGAGUCUGUGACUCUGAACUGUGGAGGAAACUCUACUGAGUACAGAGUGAUGACUCCUAGCAAAAUUAGUCCCUGGUAUUCAGACAUCUAUUUUGAGGAAGUAAAUAGAUUCACAACAAGAAUUAGAGCUCACUCGCCCUCUACUGCAGUGUACUGGUGUGAGUCUGAAUCAGGGGAGUUCAGCAAUGCAGUUAACGUCACAACACAUGGUGGUGAUUUAAUCCUGGUGAGUCCUGUACAUCCUGUUAAUGAGGGAGAUUCUGUCACUCUUGGAUGCAAACUGAGGAGCGAGAACUUCACAUCCACUGUGGGAUUCUUCAAAAAUGAUAAACUUAUCCAAAACGCGGUCAGAGGAGAGCUGAGUAUCCCCGCCGUGUCGGCUUCAGACGAAGGCUUCUACAGGUGUGGACAUUCAGGAGAGGUGUCUCCACAGAGCUGGGUGGCAGUUAAAUCAUUAAGUCCUUCUCUUCCUGUGUCACUCAUUGUUGGACUAGUUGUUGGUUCCCUGCUAACUGUCCUCCUCGUCGCGCUGCUGUUGGUGACUUUACGCAACAGGCUUUCUCAGUGUCACAGAACUAAUCAGACCUCAACAGCUCCUACUAAUAAACAGGAUGAAACCCCAAACCAAAUAUACUCGUCUCUCCUCCAAGGUGAUUCUGCCAUUUAUGAGUCAGUCAGAAGUCCUGGAAAUCCAGUCAACGAUCCAUAAAGUCUGUCACCUCAAGGAAGAAAAAAAGAGUUUUCCUAAUUACAAUGUUAAUUAAAAUCAUUGUGAUUUUGUUUUACUGUCACAGCACACCGAUGAACCAGCUGCACAAACUCAUGCGUUUUCAGUCAACUAUUACAUAUUCAUGAAUGUUAUGCUUAUCUUGAUAGUGCUGGAUUAUUAUAAUUUCAAAAUGCCACUUUA